AUGGUUAUUUGGGCUUCAUUGGGAGGAAUCAACCUCGUCUUAUACCCGCCGAAAACGCCUCAAUUCGCCUUUAGUAUUUCCCACCGUUUCCUGUAUUCAAUAGCUUUGUCCAAAGGAAAGAGGGUCAGCAAGCCAGUGCUACAUUACUAUCCAUAUGAGUGCUCUUGUACCAGAUACCAAACAUAG